CGACACUUGUGCCAUACACUUCUUUUACCUGAGGGACACCAUCUAGUGACCUCCAUGGGGACAGGAAGCCGGCGGCUUAUCACAGGAACACCCCCCCCUACUCUCGGUUGUCCUGGUCAUGUGUAUACUCGGUCUAAUAAUUUGUAAUUGCCUCUCGGCAUUAUAAAUCUAACUUGAGUGCAAGCUAGAAAUACAGUAUUGCCAUACAUGAACUAUUCACUAAAGUAGCCAUAAUUGGCCUUUCAAAAUGGUUCUUGAGCCAGUGACCAGCAGUAAAGCUGGCACCAUCCGCUCACUCUUGAUCCGAGCUUGGCGGGAACGCUGGUCAGAUUUACAAUGGGGAAUCCAUAUAAAAACCGUUUUACCAAGGGCUGUGAGUGGUGACAUAUACCACUUGGCUGAUUAUAUUCUGCAGCAGGCUCUGAUGGGACCACUGCCCAAUAAUCUCAUUCUCUCGUAUCUUAGACAUUCACUCAGUUCUCAGAUUGUGUCUUUUGGUGGUGUGAUUGAGAGUAUCAGCAAGUAUGACGGCCUACAUAAGCCCCAUUGUGUACAUGCUCUUCUCGCUCUGAUGCAGUCGAUGAUGAAAAGUGUGUCAUGCAGAGGAAAGCCCGAGGAUUGCUUAAUGUUGGCUACAUCUGUUGUUGGUGGGGUCAAGUGGCUGGUGCAGGUGAUGGGAUGGACAACACAACAACUGCUAGAUUUGCGCAAUGCUCCAGAGCACUCCACUAAUCUCAGCCUGGUAGCUUCCAUCAUGCUGGACAUCCUAAAUUGUCCUUUCCUCACCUGCAUGCUGGAAAUUGGUCGGCGGGAAGAGCCAACAACUUGGGGAAGCUGUGUAAAGAAAAUGGUAGAAGUUGAGACUUUGUUAGCUGGUGCUGGUGCCAUUGUAGAGAACAAGGACAUUCAUAUAAAGACUGUUUGCCAACUGCGUGAUUAUCUACCCUUGGAGAGCAUUGAUAACAAGCACAAGUUUGACAGCAGAACCACUCCAUUAUGUCAUGCUAUGCACAGUCUCGUAAUGCUGGAGGUAAUAACUCAUACCACUCGUGAUGCAUCCACAUUUGCCCACCAGUUGCUGCUCCUUCAACAGCUCCAGGGACUGAGCACCAUGGAGCUUUAUCUGGAGCUUUUGAGGAACAGUUUUUUGGGGUUGAGUUGUCCAGAAUACCAUCCCUAUCAAGAGCUUAAAUGGGUUGGCUUCACGUUUAUAAAAGUUCCUUCCAUUUUGUACACUAUUCAUGUUAUUCUUAGUGGGGAAGCCACCAGUGGAGAAUCUGAGGACUUGUUGACAGCUGUGCAACACCUGUCUCAACUGACGCUGCUCCUGGACCAAGUUGACUUACGUGUCAAUUGCAAUUGUUUGGAGUACCUCCUAAAUGAGCUUGUCAAUAAAACAAGCCUUAUAUCGGAGAGAGAUGCUCAAGCCAUCAUAGCAGUGAGAGUUCAAGAAUCAAAUGUCCUGGCCAACAUCCAAAAUAAUGAUGCCCAGGGAUCCCAUCCAGGCACCCCAAAUCUUGUCCUCCGUGCACAGCCCACCGUCACCAGCAUCUUGAAGACCUUAAGUAAUAAAAAUCAGGAAUCAGUGUUACCUGUAAUGAAUCUCCUUAUCAAUGGCAAGAGCAGAGACCUCCUCCUGGCAGCUGCUGCAGCCUCUGGCAGCUUACAUAUAUUUGCUCAGAAAUUUGUUAAAUUCAAUGAGCUAAGUAUGGACCCACAGCCUGGUGAAACUACGAAAAUGGCCAUCAACCGUGCACUUAUGUUUGAUAUAUCCUUUCUUCUGCUAUGCCAUAUAGUACAGUUAUAUGGCAUUGAUGUUGUAGUGUCAGAAAAAUGUGAAACCUUUGUGGAGCAAUGGAUGAAAGAGAAUAUGCCAGAGCUAGGUCGUGUCAAAGCUCCAUUGAUGACUAUUCGCACUGACCAGAAUGCUGUAGAAGAAUUCAUUAGAGAAGUCAAUAUUUCGGAGCUUGACAUGAAGUACAAUAUGGUUAGAUGGAGUGACGUGUGCCAAAUAGCAACUGUGGCACUCAGGGAGGUGGUGAGUGCUGCACAACAAGGAGCACUUCCAGUACAGCAUGUUAAGGAACUCCUCGACCGACUUCGAUAUCACCUUUGCUGUCUCCCUAUUUGUGUGGUCACGUGGCUUUGUUCCCAUGUUCAGGUUGUGGAUGCAGAGCAAGCAGUUGAGCCCCUUAGUUUUCUGCAUUAUUUACAUACCUCUCUUGGUGAUCAUGAUCCAUCUAUACCUACCCUUGACAACUUUAAAGACAGGUCAACACUGAUGGUACAGAUUGUGGAGAAUAUGGUGCAGGUUAUGAAAGGGGGAGUCCAUUCACUAUCAAACUCUGCAAACAGUAAUAGAAGUGGCAACAGUAGUCCAGGAGAGAACAACUCUCACACUCUCUUGUCCUCCCAAGAGCCACUUUCUCAUCUCUUAAGAGAAACUUGGAACCAAGUAUUUCCCAGUGGCAUUAUUUCACACCAGGCUUUAGCCACUUUCAGGGAUCUUCUCCGCUUAGGAGGCACGAGGUGGUUCGUCUGCGAUCUCAUUAAGGCUGGUAUGCAUAGUGUCUUUCAUUCUGACCUGACUCGUGGAAUGGACAUAAUUUAUGGUCUCCUACAUCAAGAUGUAGUGGGUUGUACACUAAGCUUAUUGGUACAUGCUCUACCCAUGUAUAUAUCUGGGCCUUGUUCAGGGGAGUUAAUAAGCAAACAACGUACAGAAGCGCUGUCUCGUCUGACUGUCAUGAUGAUUAUAUCAGCAUGGUUAGCUGUCCAGCAAGCCCCAGUCAAGUCUGAGGCAGCAGCAGCAUCUGUGACUGUGAUAGGUGGGGUCAACAGAAAGAGGACUUAUCAUGACAGGGAAUUAGAGGAUCUAGAGUGUAACCUCCAACUUCACUCAAUGGACCUGGCUAUUGCCAGGGGCACUCCAGGGCUGACCAAAGAUGGAACAUCCCUCUUAGUUGCUGUUCAGUCACUACUCAUGCUCAUGACACAGGUUAGUCGGGCUGGAGUUGUGAGUCCUGUAUCCCAGCUGGUUGUGAACAUCCUGCACGAGUUGAUAGCUGCCCCAUACAGCCACACUCUUCUUACACUCACUCCACCAGCACUUCUUCCAAACUUAGUGCCCCUUCUGUCUCCACCAGAUGCAUUCACAUAUGCAGAACUCUUGGCUAUCACUGCACCUAAGCCGUCACCUCAGACCGAUACAGCCAGAGAGUUUGUUGGUAACUUUAUAGGUGCACAGACUCCUGCUCAAGCAGCUGGAGCGAGAAGAGCAGCAGCAAAGCUGUUGUGUGUUCAGCGUAAUUUAAUCCUAGCCAAUGAAUCUGCCCUAGAACCUGUAGUAUAGAUUUUUUUUUCCCUCUUACUUGUAUACCAAUCAAAUAUAUAAGGUAAAUGCCUUAUUUGUUGUGUACAUUUAAUUAGUGGUUUCUCAAUCCUAUAUGUGAUAAGUGGAUGUGCAAGAAAAAUAGACAUGGAGAAGUAAAUA